AUGAGCUGGUUCGGCCUCAGCAAACCUUCCGCUGCAACGGAACCCGACGAGCCAAAGGCCGUCCGUGCUCUGCCCGCGAUAUGGUACCGCUCUCCAGCCAUGUACGAGCUAGAGAGGCGAGCCAUUUUCUCUAAACGGUGGAUGCUCGUCUCUCACAAGGCGCGCUUCGUCGAGGCGGGUGACUUUGUGCAGAUUACCCAGGCGGGAUUCAACUUCUUUCUCGUCAAGGACCGCAAGGGCGAGAUCAGGGGCCACCACAACAUUUGCCGGCACCGCGCGUACCCCCUGGUGGAGAAGGACAGCGGACAUAUGAGUGUGCUUGCUUGCAACUAUCACGCAUGGUCGUAUGGGUUCGACGGCAAGCUGGCCAAGGCGCCCAAGUACCAAGAGCUGCCCUCGUUCGAUAAAAGCAAGAACAGUCUGUUCAAGGUCCAUGUACAUGUAGAUCAGCUCGGCUUCAUCUGGGUGAAUCUGGAUGGCGCGGAGAAGCCGUCGGUACCGUGGGAGGAGUUCUUCGCCGAGGUGGAUACGCAGCCGCGGUUGGAGGGGUUUAAUUUGGAUGACUACCACUUUGAUCACACGUGGGACAUGCUGGGUGAUUACAACUGGAAGACGCUUGCCGAUAACUACAAUGAGUGCUAUCAUUGCCAGACUGGUCACCCUGCAGUGGCUGCUACCACUGACCUGACAAGGUACUGGGUCGAAACGCAAGGAAACUGGAUUCAGCACUGGAACGUCGACAAGGAGACCGUUCCUGGUCUGGGCAUUCACAGCUGCUACCUCUACCCUAACGCAUCCAUGACUGUCACUCCAGACUUCAUGUACAUCCAACGCUGCGUCCCGGUCUCAUCAACCCAAUCCAAGAUGGAAUACGAAGUCUACCGCCACAACAGAGCCACCGACGAAGCCUUCAACUACAUCUCGGACUUCUUCAAGCAGGUUCUACGCGAAGACAAAGACCUCUGCAACGGCGCGCAAAAGAAUUUGAACGCGGGCGUUUUCAUGAACGGGGAGCUCCACCCGCGCGUAGAGAAGGGACCGCUCUUCUUCCAAGAGAUUACGCGGAACCUUGUGAUGCGGCACAAGGAGCAAGAAGAUAAGGAGGGCGGCGAGAUUUGGCCAGCGACGCCCAAGCAUGAUGUCUCUGACAAGACGGGGGAGGAUGUGUCGUUUUGUCGGAGUCUUGAUUGUGGGGCUGGGCAGGGGCAGAUUGAGGGGUUGGCUUGGUGA